AUAAGACGGAAAGGGUUUGCUAAACUGAGCUUAAAAUAAAAGCGAUGAAUGUCGGCUGUCCUCUCGCAAGAAGAUCUCGCAUUUCCUCUGAUGGAGAUCUCACAAUCAUAGAAUGAGGUUGUUCGUUUUAAGUUUUUUCACUCACAUUUUCCUGUUUGGUUGCUCAAAAAGUUCAGUUUCAGCGUCUAAGCAACCGGAAGAAAUUGUUGGAUUUUUGGAAAUGAGUUGGAAUCCACAUAUGGAGGUUCAAUACAUCAACAGUAACUACCCUUAUAAUAGUGCUGGCAGCUUUAUGGAAUAUUUUGAAGGUCUUACUUAUCAACAUGUCAAUUUUAUUUUCAACGGUGCCACCCAUGUCCAGGAGAGUGUGUACCCACCAAUGAAUUCAAACUUCUACAAGUUUGGCCUAUCUGAUUCUGGCAGUAUUUCAUAUUAUGAUCAUGAUAAUGAUCAUAGUUAUGAGGUGAAUGAUCAUGAGCUAUGCAUUGAUGAAUUUAGAAGAGCAUCAGAGAAUUCCUCAUCAAUGAGUAAUCAACAGAGUGCAGCAAUGAAUGUGGAAUGGGAAAGAAACACAAAUGCAACUUCACGUGAAAACUCAGUAGAUUGUCCACGGAGACAACAUGAUGCUCAUGAUUACCAGGUCAUUUGGCAAGAUUGUGUUGAUCCUGACAACAUGACAUAUGAGGAAUUACUUGAAUUAGGCGAGAGUGUUGGAACACAAAGUCGGGGUCUCUCCCAAGAGCUUAUUUCUUUGCUACCCGUUUCAAAAUACAAGUGCAGCAUAUUCUCAAGGAAGAAAUCAAAGAAUGAGAGAUGUGUAAUUUGCCAGAUGGAAUAUAAAAGAGGUGAGAGACGGAUUACACUGCCUUGCAAACAUGUCUACCAUGCUGGAUGUGGCACCAAAUGGCUUACCAUCAAUAAGGCUUGCCCUGUAUGUUAUACAGAGGUAUUUGGCGAUGGGUCAAAACAUUAAGCGACAAUCACGAUGAACAUAAACAAAAUAUUUGUUUGCUUUUGAUCAAAUUUGGAUUUGGGUAUUUCCCUUAAUACCAAGAUGUUCUAUUUUUCGAUCUUCUGCUUUGCUCGACGGAAGAUUGAUAUUUGUUAUUUUCCAAUUAUUGUUCGUUUCCAUCAAUCAUUAUCACACGCUUUUGAGGAAGUGAUCAACC